UAUGAGGGGUUGAGGGAAGUUUUCAAGUCAUACUAGAUUUGAGGUGAGAGAUGGCUUGAAGGUUAUAUCCUGGCAUGAUUUAUGGUGUGGUGAUAUGGCCCUUAAGGAAGCCUUUCUGGGUUUAUUUGGUAGUGUAUGCGCAAAUGAUACUUUUGUUGCGAAUCACAUGGAAAAUCCUGGAGGCUCCGUUAAGUGGAACGUGAGCUUUGCUAGAGCGGCUCAUUAUUGGGAAGUGGAUGCUUUGUCCUCGUUCUUCCGGGUGUUGUAUUUAGGGAGAGUAAACGGGAAGGCGAGGGCAAGCUGUGGUGGGUCCCUUCCAAAAGAGGGUUGUUUGGUAUUAAAUCAUUUUACAAUGUCAUGACUUGUAAUGAUGGUUUUUGCUUCCCCUGGAAGAUUGUUUGGCGGACUAAUGCUUCGUUGAUGGUGGCCUUUUUUGCUUGGUCGGAGGCCCUAGGAAAGAUUCUUACAAUGUAUAAUCUUUGGAAGCAGCGUGUCAUUGUGGUUGAUAGGUGUUGUAUGUGCAAGAGGAAUAGGGAGUUUGUGGAUCAUCUUCUUCUUCAUUGUGAGGUUACUUGUGCUAUGUGGAAUGUUUUCUUCAAUCAUUUUGGGUUCUGCUAGACGAGUAAUCGAGUUGUAUGCUUGUUAAUAGACUGCUGGCAACACUCGGAAUGCUGCUGUGUAGAAGAUGGUAUCUUCGUGCCUUUUGUGGUGUUUUUGGAGGGAAAUAAAUAAUAGAAGUUUUGAGGAUCGCAAGAGGACUUUGGAGGAGAUUAAUCACCAGCAGAUUCUCAUUUCGUGAAGGUGGCUUCAUGUGCUUCACUAUCAGAUAUGUUCACAAGGUUGGGUGGAUUUUCAAAUCUAAAGAAGGAUGGCACUUCCCAUUCUGGGAAACUCGUUCAACCAGUUUUGAAGCUAUUAAAUGAUGAUAGUUCAGAGGCUAUAUGGGAAGGAGCAGUUCAAUUGUUAUGCACUAUUAUAACUUACUUUCCAUCUUCCAUACAUCGUCAUUAUGACAGUGCUGAGGCUGCUAUUGCUUCAAAACUUCUGUCAGGAAAAUGCAGUGUUGAUAUGCAGAAGAGGCUUGCUCAUUGCCUAGCUUUACUGCCAAAAUCAAGAGGAGAUGAAGAAAGCUGGUCCUUAAUGAUGCAGAAGAUCUUAUUAUUAAUAAAUGGUCACCUGAAUGACACCUUCCAAGGUUUAGAAGAAGAAACUAAAUGGAAUGAAGCUGUUAGAUUAUUGGUUCCGCCAGGAAAAGAUCCCCCACCUCCCUUAGGAGGUCGUACAUUGUCAGGAGAAGCCUCAGACAAUCCUACAAGGAGGUCUGAGCGAGUGCUGAUGUCUAAUGUCUCUUCACUGAUGCUCUGCUGUUCAAUGAUGCUUACAAGUUCGUACCCCGUGCAGGUAAACGUCCCUGUUCGAUCGGUAUUAGUCCUUAUUGAGAGAGCGCUGAUGGUGGAUGGAUCAUUGCCACAAGCCUUAUUGCCCUUCAUGACUUCCAUGCAACAAGAGCUCAUAUGUUCAAAACUUCCAGUUUUGCACUCAUAUAGUUUGGAACUGCUCAGUGCAAUUAUAAAGGGUACACGAAGUCAGCUAUUACCACAUGCUGCUUCUAUUGUGCGUCUGAUUACAGCAUAUUUCAAGAGAUGUGGAUUGCCAGAAUUAAGGAUAAAGGUCUACUCUAUAACAAGAGUAUUACUGAUAUCCAUGGGUGUUGGGAUGGCUGUGUGUCUUGCUCAGGAAGUUAUCAACAAUACAUUUGUGGAUUUCAAUACUGUUGGUAAUGAGAAUGGUCACACAUCUCCUAGUGCUAACUCAAAGCCCUCUUCUGAAGCACUGCUGCAGCCAAGACAUAGGAAAAGGAAACAUGUUGAUACAACCGGAUAUCUUGAGGAGCAGCAUGACCGCGGUUUGCAAGUUGGAGCCCCUAAGAACCAUGCAAUAUCGCCAAUUUCCGUGAGGAUAGCUGCACUUGAGGCAUUAGAAGCACUUUUCACAGUGGGUGGUGCUUUGAGAUCUGAACGUUGGCAAUCAAAUGUUGAUCUUCUUUUGAUAGUGACAGCAACAAAUUCACUAGAAGGGGGAUGGGUCAGCGACGAGAAAAGCAUUUUCCAGUCCAAUGAACCUACUGCUAUUUGGGUAGAUUUUCAGCUUGCAGCAUUACGGGCACUUUUGGCAUCUCUUCUUUCCUCAGUUCGUGGACGUCCCCCAUAUUUAGCCCAGGGCCUUGAACUUUUCCGGAGAGGCAGGCAAGAAACUGGAACAAAACUUGCUGAAUUCUGUGCCCAUGCACUUUUAGCCUUGGAGGUCCUUAUACAUCCCAGAGCCCUUCCUCUUACGGAUUUCCCCUCUGCUAGUGGUAACUCCUCUGAAGGAGUUGACCAUAAAUUUUCUGAAAAUGUGUAUUCCGGUAGUCUGAAGCUCGAUGGACGAUUUACAAGUGACAUCCAUGGGAUAAGAAACAAUAUUCAUGAUUCGGAUGAUGAUGACCUGUAUGACAGCUGGCUGGAGAAUGGCAAAGAAACUGAGGCUCCAGACAGCGUCCCACGAAACAAUACGACGUAUAAUGAAGAGCCUCCUGAAACUUUAGGAGUCAGUAGUGGAGAAAACCUUUAUGUGGAUGGUUCAUCUAGCGCAAGAAUUCCAGAGAACAUGGGGCAGGAGGCAGCAGCUAGUGUAGAUGCGAGGAUGGGAGGCAACGAUGAUGAGAUUAUGGUUGAGGCGGACCAAUUCCAAAAAAACAUAGCACAAGGUAAGGAACCUGUUCCUUCCAAAGGUGCCUCAGUUCGUGGAGAUGAGGUUGUGUCUGAGAGGUUUGUUUCAGGCAUCGAUGCGUCCGAUCAUGCAGAUAAUGUAUUUGCACCUGGCCAGGAUGUCUUGGUGGCUAAAAGCAAUGAGAAUGCUUCUGCUACAACAUCGAUUUCUGCGAAAAUUACUGGAGAUGCAUUAGAUUUGGAUGGUGAGGAUCCAUUUCCUGAAAUUUUUGACGAUGAACCAGAUUCUGAUGAUGAGCAAGCUUAGGGUUUUGGUGCUUUAUAGCGUUUAUCUUAGGAGUAAAAGAAAUAUUGAGUAAGGUGUACUUGCAUUAUGUACAAGUUAAAGGAAUCCAGAUUAUAAGUCUAUAAUAAUUUAUUUGUCUUUUUA